UCAACCCACAUUAUACAAAAUAUUAUGCCUGUCUUCAUGGUAUCAGAAGACCAGGCUACGACCUAAUAUCCCCACUGACAUCUUUUUUCUUUGCCGUCGGUCAACCUCCUCUCACAAACAGUACUUUUUUUUUUAUAUAAUUUUCUUAUCUCUAUCCCUAUCUCAUCAUUAUCAUUAUGGACUCUAAAAUCCAUCCUGCUUCUACUGUUUCUAACAUCAAGAAUGUCAUUCCUAUCACUUUGGAGAUGGAACAGGGCAAUACGACUCCUGGAGUGAACUCUUCAAGAUUCAUUGUCGUACAUGCCUUGUAUUGGAUCAUCUAUCUCCAAGACCCACUGCCUCUUCUUCCUCAUCCUCUAAGGACGACAAAGAGAAAGAUCAAACUAAACCUCCUGCUGAAGAUUCGUGGGAUCGCCAAACACUCGCCUUGAUGGUUUUCCAAACAUCUCGGCUUAUUGUCAACAGUUGAAAGUCCUUUCAGAUCAGUUGGCCAAUGUCGGGUCUCCGGUUGAAAAUGACAGGUUAGUGCUCCAGUUGAUUUCGGGACUGAAUGAACAAUACGAGGGCAUCGCUACCAUACUUCAGCAACAAGACCCACUACCAUCCUUUUACGAUGCUAGAUCCAAGUUAAUCAUGGUAGAGAGUCGAAAAGCAGAACAGGCACUACAUUCGGCCCAACAUGCAGGUACCGCCUUGAACACCAACACCUCACGCCCACCGGCCAACUCGCAAAACUCCUGUGACUAUCGCACGGACCCCUCCACCGAUCGGACCCAUGGCAGGGGUCGAUCACGUGGACGAGGUCGGGGACGCGGGUCGGAUUCUCGGGGCAGAGGCAAUUCAGUGUACAAUCCAAGUUAUAAUAACUGGGGUGGUAACUCUCCUUGGCCCAAUCCAACAUACAAUGGCAGCGCUUGGCCCAAUAUGGCCCAUCAGCCUUGGGGCGGGUUUCAACAGUGGAACUCCACAUCCUCCCCUUGGGCCGGCCCACCUUGUCCUUACCCUACCGCACCAUCCAGGCCCACUAACAUGAACAACAGUAACGGUAAUGGCAUUCUUGGCCCACGUCCGGCUCAGGCACAUCAUGUUGCAUACACACCGACUGAUAUUGAGCAAGCGCUAUACACGAUGUCACUUAACCAGCAGGACCCGACUCACUAUAUGGACACCGGUGCUACUGGGAACAUGACACACAAUUCAGGAUUACAAGACCCGGAUCCCUAUCCUCCGGUGCAACAGCAGCGGUGAUUUAUAUCCUCUCUUGCCUGGACCCGGGAGCACCACCACGCCCUCCACUUUUGCAGCUAUUUCUUCACAAUUAUGGCAUCAACGUCUUGGUCACCCGGGACAACCUUUAUUGCAUUCGUUAAAAACUUCAUGUUCGAUUGACUUUGGAAACUUUAAUAAAAAUGUUUGUCAAUCCUGUGUUCUUGGCAAAAGUGUUAGAUUGCCAUUUGCUACUUCACACACCCCCACUUACAUGCCCUUUGAUAUAAUUCACAACGAUCUAUGGACUUCUCCUAUCCUAAGUUCGGAAGGUCAUAGAUAUUAUAUAUUAUUUGUUGAUGACCUAACCUAUUUUUUGUGGACUUAUCCCAUUGCUAAAAAGUCCCAAGUCUUUUCUAUAUUUUAUCACCUGUACAAACUAAUAGAAACACAAUUUGGCAAAACAAUAAAAACCUUCCAAUGUGACAAUGGAAAAGAAUAUGUUAAUUCAUCUUUUCAACAAUUUUUCAACCAACAUGGCAUGUUGUUUCGCCUUUCGGUGUCCUCACACUUCUUCC